ACGGUGUUCUAAGUCUGUGAGUCCCUAAUGUUUAUCAUGUGUUUAUCAACAUGGCUGCAGGCAUGUAUGGUUGUAUGACCAUCUAACUUCAGUGUUGUUUAAUUGCUGUUUUUUUUUUUUUUACCACUGGAUAUAGGUAAAUGCAAUUCUUUUAAACAGAUUGUUGUUUUUCUACCACUGGAUAGAGUUGUGCUUGCUGAGAGUGAGAGAGAUGGAGAAGAGACCAGCAUCAAGGGCCUAUCGGCAGAUGGUGGCCAGUGCAGUGCACAAACGAAAGAAAAAUCAAACAUCGAAAAAGAGAGUGUUUUCAACAUGCGGUGAAAUCACUCAAGAACAGCUACAGAAGCUCUUGAAUAUGGCUGAGGAGAGGAAAAUUCAAGAGCUGAGGUACUCGCCAUUCUGGUGGGAGAGAGCAAAUGGUAUGCUGCUCUCUUGGGUUGGUCGGCUCAACAAGAUCAUGUACACUUUCGUAGAGGAUACUUUCUUUGACCAAUUCAUCCUGUUUGUGGUGAUGCUCAAUGCUGCCACUCUGGUGGCACAGACAGUGGAUAUGGUCACCGUGAGAGGAGGAUGGUUUUUGACAGCAAUUGACGCAACAUUCAUUGCAAUCUACUUGAUGGAGUUUGUACUUAAGUUUAUUGUCUGGAGAUUUAUCUACUUCAAGAACUCAUGGAAUACCGCUGACUUCUUGAUUAUUGUUAUUAGCCUGACUGAUUUCAUGAUGCCUUUGGCGCAUUUGGGAAAUUACUCUAGUAAAGCGUCUUCGGUGUUCCAGCUCCUGAAAAUGUUCAAAGGUAUCCGUGUCAUACGAGCAUUCCGUGUCUUGCGGUCCGUCCGCCACCUUCAAAACCUGCAGUCCAUUGUGUCCACGUGCCUUAAGUCUAUCCAGUCCAUGGGGGCCAUCAUCAUCCUCAUGUUCACCUUCCUCCUCAUGUUUGCCGUCAUCUUCCGUGAGAUGUUCAGCCAGUCCGAUCCUGGACAUUUUGGGACCAUGUUCCGUACUAUUUUCACUCUUUUCCAGCUGCUGACGUUGGAUGACUGGUCUUUAACCUACUCAAUCAGUCGGGACCAUGGUGCUCCACACAUCAUCAUCUUCCUCAUCCUCUAUAUUGUUGUGGAGUACUUUACUUUUCUUAAUCUGGUCAUGGCUGUGUUAGUAGACAAUUUCCAGCUCACAAUUAAAAAGAGAAUGCUGUCCAAGUAUCAGAAGUUUCAGGACAUUUUUGAGGAUGAAUUGGAGUCAAUCAGAAAAAUAGAUGCCAAGCCCGUCACAACAGAGACGGAUGAGGAAUUCUACCAAGAGGCCCUGAAACUGACCUACAAUGAAAAAAAAUACUGCCAGAGGGAGGUUGAGUUGAUCUGCUCCUACCUGCAACGUCUUGCUGCCAUUGACCAGAGCCAACAAACAUUCUGGUCCCAGGCUGCUGUACUAGACAGGCUUAUCGACAACUUUUUUGAGGCUGGCGAAGAGGAUACUGAGUUGGACUCAACUUAAUACUCUUCACUUUUUAUUUCCAAACAUCCAGGGCAAUAAAACCCACUGAAUUA